UUCCUUCUUCCAUAUAUGUCUAUUUUCCUACCUUUAUGUCCUUCAAAAUUCGAGUUUUACACUUAACAAUACCCUUAAUCCUAAGAGGGUGUUAAACAAAUUAUGCAGGAUUUGGAAGCAACCAGUGGAAACUCGAAAACAAAGGAGCUUUCAAACAGUUCAAAUAAUCCCGAAAUUAAAGAAGCUGAUCAAAUAACACACGAAGAAGUUAAGGAGACUGAUGAUAAAGGUACUAAAUGUCGCGAAAAAAUAGAGAGAAGUGAUGAAGAAGUUGUAGUAGAUAUUGAUGAAAACCAAGGAACAGAAAAAGUGUGUCGAAUAUGUCAUUUGAAUGAUGAGUCUAUGGAGAUUUUGCAGCUUGGUUGUGAUUGUAAAGGUGAGCUUGGUGUUUGUCAUCGUCAUUGUGCUGAGGCUUGGUUCAAUCAGAGAGGCAAUAGAUCAUGUGAAAUAUGUGGGAAGACAGCAAAAAAUGUGGAAACAAGAGUAUUAGAGGAGAGGCCUAGCAGAAUGAUGGUGAUAGAAUGGAACCAAAGGGCAGUAGAAGCCAGAAGAAGUUCAUCAUAUAUAACCAAUUCCUCUUCAACACACAAUGAUUGUAGAUGGAGAUGUCAACAAUCCUGCUGUAAUUUCCUGCUUGCUUGCUUUGUCAUCGCCUUUACUCUCCCGUGGUUCUUCCGACUUAAUUUGCCUUAACAAAAUACACACACAAAUUUCAAUGUUCAUGGCGUGAUACAUGUAACAGUACUACAUUAGCCAUGCCAAAGGAAAUGUUUCAAGGGUGUGUUUGGUAUGGAUGAAAGUCAUUUCUCAUGGUUUUGGUCA